AUGGGUAAUGAUAAUGGUGGAGCACUGAACACUGAUAGUUUUGAUAAUUUCAAUGACGUUUAUGGAGAGAUAUUGAAUAAUUGUGAUUGGGGUAUAAGAAAUGAACGGGAUAAUGAGGAAGACAAUGAGGGCCGGGGUGAUAAGAAAAGCAAUCAGGGGAGAGAUGGUGAAUAUAAUGACAUUAAUGAUAAUUGGUUUGAGCAUUAUCCGGAGUUUGUGAACAAUUCAUUUUAUAUGGCUGGAGAAUCUUACGCUGGUGUCUAUGUGCCCACUCUCGCUUCUCAAGUAGUAAAAGGAAUCAAAGCUGGUGCAAAGCCCAUCAUCAAUUUCAAGGGAUAUAUGGUGGGGAAUGGAGUGACAGACCAAAUUAUUGAUGGCAAUGCUCUUGUUCCAUUCGUACAUGGGAUGGGCAUUAUCUCGGAUGAUAUUUAUCUGGACGUGCUAGCUGCUUGUAAAGAAAAUUACUUCGAUCCCAGUACUGAUAAUUGUAGUAUGAUCCUCCAAAAAAUCAGCAAGGCUAUUUGGGAAUUAAACAUUUAUGACGUCCUUGAGCCAUGCUAUCAUAACCCAGAAUCAAAACGAGACUCUAAAGCAAACACAAGGUUACCGGACAGCUUUCAGCUAUUAGGGGAGGCCCAAAGGAACGUCUCGGUUAGAAAGAGAAUGUUUGGGCGUGCUUGGCCACUUUGGGCACCAGUAAAAGCUGGCAUUGUCCCAUUAUGGCCUCAAUUAGCAGAACAUGACCUGACUGUUGCAUGCACGAAUGAUGAAGUGGCAACUACUUGGCUAAAUGAUCCAUCAGUUAGGACAGCAAUUCAUGCAGAAACGGAAUCCAUAACCGGUGCUUGGGAGUUGUGCACGAGUAGAUUACUGUAUCGCCAUGAUGCAGGAAGUAUGAUCCCUUACCACAAAAAUCUAACUUCCCAGGGAUAUCGAGCACUCAUAUACAGUGGAGACCAUGAUAUGUGUGUGCCAUUCACUGGGACGCAGGCGUGGACAAGAUCACUUAGAUACAAGAUAAUAGAUGAAUGGAGGGCUUGGAAGUCUAACAAACAAGUUGCCGGGUAA